AUGGCCCCUAACAUUCUUGCACUGGAAAUCCUAACACCCAAAGAGAAAAACAGACUGAGAAAACCAAUGGUGGAGAAGCUGCGCCGGGAUCGCAUUAACAGCAGCAUCGAGCAGCUGAAAGUCCUGCUGGAGAAGGAGUUCCAGAGACACCAGCCCAACUCCAAGCUGGAGAAAGCCGACAUCCUGGAGAUGACUGUCAGCUACCUGAAAUACAGCCAAACUUUCCCCUCAUCUCAGCAUCUGCAGCAGGAUUACAGUGAAGGGUAUUCCUGGUGCCUCAAAGAGGCUCUUCAGUUCCUGUCUCUCCAUUCAGCCAACAUGGAAACUCAGACAAAACUGCUGCGCCACUUCCAGAGAUCUCAAGUGGCUGCCAAAGACUCAAAUUCUUCUGCAGCCUCCUGUUUCUCCAACCAAGCUCCUGCAAAACAGGCAGUGCUGAAGCCCUCCAGCAGCCUUUGGAGGCCCUGGUAG